AGGGCUGUGCAGAGAGUCUGCAUUCUCUUCUUCUUCUCUCUCUUGCCGGCUCCGACAGAGAGACAAACUUCCAAAUCUCUCUCGCUGCGGGCGGGCGGGGAUGGAGAGCCCCACAUCGGCGGCGUCGCGGGUGGACUUCUACGGCUUCCUCGACCGCAUGCGCCGCCCGGAGGCCGCCGGCCUCUUCCGCUCCAUCAAGAGCUUCCUCGCCUCCCUCUCCCUCGAGGAGCCCAGCGCCGAGGCCGACGGCGCCAGGGUCCAGGCCUUCUUCGCGGAGAUGGAGGCGGCCAUCCGGGGCCACCCGCUCUGGGCCGACGCCACCCACCAGGAAAUCGACCACGCGCUCGAGGGCCUCGAGAAGUACAUCAUGACCAAGCUGUUCGACCGCACCUUUGUGGCGUCGCCGGAGGACGCCGCGGCCGACGCCGAGGUCUCGGACAAGAUCGGCCUCCUGCAGCGCUUUGUCAGGCCCCAUCACCUCGACAUACCCAAGGUCCUCAACAACGAGGCUUCCUGGCUGAUUGCAGUUAAAGAACUACAGAAGAUUAAUUCCUUCAAGUCCCCGUGGGAGAAGCUUCUCUGUAUGAUGAGCUGUUGCCAAGUCAUCAAUAACUUGCUGCUAAACGUGUCCAUGACAAAUGACCGGACGCCAUCUGGGGCUGAUGAGUUCCUUCCCAUUCUCAUUUAUAUUACCAUCAAGGCCAAUCCUCCUCAGCUGCACUCAAAUCUGAAGUUUGUUCAACUCUUCAGAAGAGAAACUAAGCUUGUUUCAGAAGUCGAAUACUAUCUCACAAACCUCAUUUCAGCAAAGAUGUUUAUAAUUAAUGUUAAUGGCCACUCGCUAUCCAUGGAAGAAAGUGAGUUUCAGAAGCAUAUGGAAUCUGCAACACUAGGUACUCAAAUGUCUGUUGCUGGCCCUAGUAGUCCACAAGGGUUAGCUACAUCUACGAGGGGAUUACAGAAGCAAAUUGAUGCAGAAGCAGGUUCAAGAUUCCCUUUCAUGGACUCGGAAACUGAAAAUCUGACGCCAGCAGAACUCAAGCAGUUACAUGGGCUCUACAGGAAGACAGUUUCCAGAUAUACACUGUUGUCUAAAGCCUUAAGAAAGUUAUCCAUAGAUGAGGAUCAGCUCCUCGCAUCAGUAGAUGAUUCAUGAACUGAUGCAAAGAUUAUUAUUAUUUUUGCCACUUGACCGUUUCAACAAAAAACAAGGCAGGGUGGGAGGAGGAGAUUACAUACGUCGUUCAAGUGUCCAAACAUGGUAUCAAGACCUGGAACUGCAUUCAUGUUAAUGUUGUCCCUCGAUAAAUAAGCCCAAGACUGCGGAAACAAUAUCAGAAUUCAGGAUCCAUGUCCAGGGGGUAUCAAACAAUGCGAUACAAAUGGAUGAUCAUUUGGUAAUUGAUGGCCGGCUGAACGAGUUAUCAACUCACUGGACGCUAACGAUGCAGCAGGUCAGCAGCAGCUCAUGGAUCUGGAUGUCUGGUUAGGACACUUGCCAAAGCAUUGUACAACAGAAUCGGGAUGCAAGCUUUCAUUUGAGUUUCUGAAAAGCGUUAUGAAGAGCCUUCUCCUUGACUUGUUAUCGCAACCCCACCAGGAGAAACAGCCACUACCUGCCAAUUGUGAGCUUGGCAUCAGCGACAUUAAGAUCAUCUGCAUGAUAAAAGAUUUGCAUAUCCUUGGGCUAUCAACUGACAAGAUUAUUGAAAGGCAGGGUGGAGGGGGGUUACUCUUCUAUGGUGGUCGUCUGGCAUUGCCUCUCUUGGCCGGUGAAAAGAUGGCGCCCACGAUAUGCCCUUCUGAGGACCUAGGCUCCCUGGACAGCUCACUGACUGAUCGAGCUGGACAAGAAAGUAAGGGAAUCCCCAACACUAAGACGGUGAAAGAUGAGAAGGACCUCGACGGAGUGGUCAAGAACUGUGAUCGCCAUGGCCAAGUUGCCGCGGAAGCUUGUGCGUUGAAGAGUGGAAGGAGCUGUUAAAGCUUUUUCUUUGGCUUUUCUUUCGGCAGUUGGCCUAUUUUUGCUCUGGAGCUGUCUUGCAUUUUUUCCUUCUCCCGAUGCUGCGCUGGCAGUAUGUAUCCUGGGACCAUAUGUUGAAUACUCUGUUUCAUUUUCCAGUGAAAGGUGGAACAGGGCUGUGGGCAUUUUGAUCCUCCUUUUUUUUUA